CCAUUGCCCGCAUUAGCCAAUGAAAGAAAAUACACGGAAAAACAAGCGAAUCAGAAAAAGCCCUUCCCAAUGAUGCCGAAGGGAAACUGGUUAUUCAUGAACUCGCCCACCUUGGCUUGUGACCGCCCACAGGAAGACAGUAUUGAUUUUGUGGCUAGGAGGUAGCAGAGCUACAGAGCUAAUCUCUGCAGAGAAGCUAAGCGAACAGCUACUUGCUAACAUGGCGGCGGAACACAUUUGUGCUUGUUUUAUCUGUGGCAAUAAGACAUCAACAUUGCAUUUCUUGCCCAAGAAAGAAGAGUCAAGGACUAAAUGGUUAGAAUUUAUCUUCGGAACACCACCAGCGAAGUAUAGCCCUAAUUUAGUUCUGUGUUCAAAUCAUUUUGACCACAGUGACUUUUACAACUUCGGUGCCUACAGUAGUGGUUUUGCAUCGAAGUUGUUAUUAAAACCUGGAUCUGUACCAUCACAACGAUCGAGCACAAGCACACAGGGGAGCACAUCACAGACAUUGGGGACAACCCCCAUUCAUACCAGCACCCAAACAGACCCACCUAGCUGUGCAUGUCGGGCUACACAGCUUUCUAUGGGUACAUUAGGUCAUCACGUUAGAAGCAAAGGUACCCAAACAGAAUCCUUUAUGAGAACUGCGAGUAUUGCCACAAGUACCUCUGAUGCAACAUGGGGCCCUGCUACCUCUACGCCCAUCAAGGCUGUCCACCCAAGGCCAGCAAAAAGACCUCGGGUUGAUGAAGAGGAGGAAAGUGACAUCUCCACAAUUUUACCUGAACCCCAGGACUCCACGUAUGAUCCAGCACAGUCAAUCAGCAAUGUAACAGAAGCAUCACAGCCCACUGAUACGUCUUUAACUGGAUACAAAGACUCCAAGUACAUAGUAUUUGAGAAGAACCUUAUGGAACUUUUUGAAACGUGUCCAGACUGUCGCCGGUUGUCGGAUGUGAGGACCUACAGACGGGGAACAUUUUUGGCCAUCGACCAAAAAUGCCAUCACUGCCAGUUUUCCAGGCAAUGGAAGAGCCAGCCAGCGAUUGGAAGCUCCCCUGUAGGCAACAUAAUACUGUCUGCUGCCAUAUAUUUCACCGGCUCCUCAUAUUUCCAAGUGCAAAAGAUAUUUCAAGCCAUGCAUCUGCAAAACAUCAGCUACUCAGCAUUCCGUAGGCAUGCAAGCAGUUAUCUGGAAACAGCUGUGAUCCACCAAUGGCACCAGUACCAAGAAGCAGAAUGAGAGUUCUUGAGUCAGAGGAAAGUCAAGAUUGGAGGGGACAUGCGAGCAGAUUCACCGGGUCACUCUGCCAAAUAUGGAAGUUACAGUUUGAUGAAUCUGGAGACCAACAGCAUUAUUGACAUUCAACUAGUCCAGAGCAAUGAGGUUGGCGGGAGCCACAACAUGGAGAAAGAGGGACUCAAAAGAAGCCUACAGCUUUUGGAGUCCAAGGGUGUAGCUGUCUGUUGUACUCAAUGUUUUGUGACAACAUAACUUUUGAAUACUUAUUUACUUUGUGCUUCAUGUCUCUAGGUUCCAAAGCCCUCUACAAAGUGGAGAAGAUCCUAACAAAUAAGAGGGUCCUCAGUGAUGUUGAGAGGCUAAGCUCACGGUACCAGACCUCAACACUGGAGGCAUUCCACAGUGUAAUCUUGCGCUUCACACCCAAAAGUGUGGUCAUUCCUUUCAUUGGGAUGUUGUGCAGACUAUAUCUGGCAGCAAAGCACUUCAAUGAAAACGCUGGCCGCACUCAGGCAAGAACAACUUCAGGGAAACUGAGGUACAGCUUACAUUUCCCAAAAGCCAAAAAGGGAGGGCACACUGUGAAGCCAGUAAAAUCACCACCAACACACUGCUACGUCCACAACCUGAUUGCUGGGGUGUUUGAAGAGAUAGUCCCCAACCCCCCUGCCUUACAUGGAGGAGCUCCAAAAAAAUCCCUGUUCCUGAUGCCCUGUCCUCAGCAUUCUACCAUCCUCCACUGACAGAAGCUGUGG